GCUUUUAACUGAGCGUCCAUCAUGAGACCAGCGACUCAGCCGCAAUUAACAGGCUCGUUUAACUCACUUCCAAUUAUUAUUUUUAGCUCGUACACUCUCGGACUAAGACCGAUUGAGUAUUUAUGGCUUCAAAAUCUCGUAUUCAUUCUACGCCGGUCGACUUAGUGCGCUGUCCAAGUGGCUUCCGAGGCUGAUUGUAUCUCACAAGACACAUUUCCCCAAAGUAUUUGAUUAAUGAGGCGCUGCCGCUUUGACAGGAAUAAUAGAAAGAUAAGCAAAGGGUAUAUAGAGUAGUGGGGUCCAUUAUGUUCCCAUCGCUUCUCUUAGGAACCUGCUAGCUUUCUAUCUGCCCCUGAAUCCGACGACAGUUAUCUGAAAAUCAGUGUAUUACACUCAGCACAAUGUCGUUUUGCUUGGAGAAACAGGGCACCGACGACAAGAAUAACACCAAAGAGCAUGAUACUGACAAAGGUGAAGAGGAAAACAAAAGGGGCGAGACUACAUGGGAGAGAGAGUCAACACUGCAAGAGGGAGCAGAUUACAUUGCCGCCCGACUCAAGGGCAGUCUAGAGGUAUCGCUGACUGGACCGACCAAGGAUAGCAGCAAGGUCUCCGCUGCUGUUUCUAUUACCGGCGAGGGAGGGACAGUGGAUGAGGAAUCCCCUGGGUGUGAGCACCCUGCAUUUGAGUUAUACUGGAUCAAAGAGCAUCAUGUCAGACGGAAGAUAGCCCCAGGUGACCUUAGCGACGCCCCCGAAUAUGAAGUGGUCCGGUUCUUCGACCGCGAGGCGAACCCGGAGUACCAGCAUGUACAUCCCGGGACGGUAACAGUGCAAGGGUACGGGAUAGAAAUGUGGGAUUACGAGCAGACCCAGGGCCCUGGACUCCGAGAUUCUGAGAAGAACUAUCUUUAUCACGUCGGCGACCUCCCAGAGCCAGGAGGGAAGGAGCUGAUUAGACGACUGCAUGAGCUGCAGAACGAAGAUGAGGGAAGACCACUAGGUGAGAACCUGGACUAUGACGAGGCAGACCUCGAGCAGUUUGUAGGGGAUUCUGCCAUUGCAAUUGCGGACGGGGAGAAGAGUAUUGAUGCGAUGCUGGAUGUUUGUCUUGCUGUGCUGAAUCGGGGGGAUACUUUCAAGAAUUUCGCCACAAAGUUCACUAUUGCGCAGGAGUGGACUCAUAUAGAGGGAGAAGGGAUAUUGGGGAUUAUGGGCUUCUUUUGGCAGAUGGUCAUCUCGGGUGAGGUUGCGAGGCGUUUGGAUAGGAGUACCAGCGCGCAGUCUGAUGAGCAGGACCAAAUAGACGGGAUGUCGCUCCAGGUUGUUGCGUCGUUGAUUGUGUAUGGCCUGUGGAGACAGAAUGUCGAUUUGAAGUUCAGCUACGAGCUGCCGAUGCCACCAGCCAAGGAUGUCUCCUCGGAGGAGCGUAUAGAGGCAGGAGUGCUGCUUCGAAUGGCCGAGAAGUUCAUGGCGGAUACCAUGCCAGAUAUAGCUGCAGAAACUCUCGAAGAGGCUAUAGCUAUCGAUCCUGCCAACGUCGAAUAUCGGCACAGAAGAUGCCGUGCGCUUCGCAGGACAGCCGAGCUCGAUGCACUUGUAGGAGAUGAGGAGGACUCGGAGAUGCGGUACGCGGAACUUACAGUGGAGGCCAAGUACUUGACGCAAUAUGCCCCCGGUGACUGGCAGGCCUGGGAGCUCCUCGCCGAAGCACAGAUGGGACGAGGUGCGUUGAAGAAAGGGUUACAAGCCUAUGAACAGGCCGAGUCUGUUGCAACAAGCGACGAAGACAAGAAAUACCUAAAGAGUAAGGUCGUGGAAGCGCGAGUAGCCCUUGUGGACGAGUUUCUCGGCGCAACACGCCUGGAUGACAAAGUAGAGCAGCACGAAGCUAUGAGGGAUAUAAAGGACUGGAACUAUGACUUUGUGGACGGAGUGAUGAAGUCCCAUUCCAACGUAUAUGAACGUCAAGAGGAAGGACUGGUAGCGUUUGCGAAGAAGAUCAAAUGGCCGCAUGUUGAUGAAGUUACGCAACGGAUUGAGGGCACCUACGCACGCCUUCACAGUGGAGCAGAAGAGAACCUUCCGGCCAUUAUCCACGAUUGGUUGUAUGGUCUGGUGCUACCAGGGAGGUUCUUUGCAUACAAUGUGAUGUCCUGCUUGGUCCUAUGUACCCCGUCUCUUUCUCUCGGUAUCCCACCAAGCGCCAGCCAUGGUCUGGUCCUGGGAGAUAUCUCCUAUUGGCCGAUACAUACAGUGAUGGGCCGCGUCUUGGGUGGCAUAUCAGGCAUAGGAUCGCUGGCUGGCUGGAUAGGUCCCUGCUCUUCCGUCAUGUUGGACGUAGAAACGGUGACUCAGAGUGGCAGGACGACCGGAUGGGUGUAUGUAGAUGGAGAGCGUGUGGCACCAGAGCUACAGAGCAGCGAUGAACUAUCGGAAUACCUCGACAAUGAAGAUACAGCUUCUUAUAUAGUCGACAGCGAGGACCCUGGGAAAUGGACUACACCUGAGCGUCCAGUCCGAGAUACGAGUCAAUACACUCUGAAGACUGUCCACAUCAAGUCCGCCGGGGAAGGACAAGCCGCUGAACUUUCAGCGAGAAUUAUAUUCGAGGUGAAUGAAUCGACCAUGGUUGAGAUCCCUUUACGGACUACCCCGGUCUUUGUCGUUCCUCCUCGAUGCCAGCCAUCUGAUCCCGCAGGACACCCUAUUCAUGUCAGCGAGCUGGAAAUAAACCCAGCAAAGAGCUGGACUCCAGACAAGCUUCUAGAUGACGAUGUGUUUGGUGACGCUCGUACCGCUGACAUGCUGGUUAUCAAUGCUACCGGUAAUGGGGCUGAGACUAUGGCUCGUGCUGUAUGCGCUUUCCGUGGCAUGAAUGCAGUUAUUCGGACACCUGAAAGCCCUUGCUUUGCCUGUACCUUGAAGGCAGCGCGGUCACUGAAGAUUAAUGCUGUGAUAUGGUGUGAUUGACGAGUGUUAUUGGAUAUAGAUUUAUUUUUAUGCACAAUUCAUAGGUAUAUUUCAAUUAUCGUUCAUAACUACCAGAACAGGCUUAGUCCAGGCCA